GUGUGCUGAAUUUGGAGGAAGGAAGCUCUUUCUGGAAAUAGAAAGCAUUUUCACAGCAGUCUAAGGGAUAUAAAGUGAAAGGCUCCACCAUGAGCAUUCCUCUGUGGAGGAAGCCCCCAGCAUUAGAGAUGGCUGAGGCAGAAUUACACAAGGAAAGGCUUCAAGCCCUAGCAGAAAAAAGAAAGAGGCAAAUGGCAAUAGAAGAUAAGAGAAGGCAGCUGGAAGAUCUCAUACUGCAGCUGCAACAUUUAAAGUCCAAAGCGAUGAGAGAGCGGUGGCUUUUGCAGGGAGCUCCAGCAGACACUGCAGAGGAGGAGGAACACCGGAGGAGACAGACAGAGGAAGACGAGUUCAAGGUGAAGAAACUGGAGGACAACAUCCAUAGACUUGAGGGAGAAAUAGGGCAACUUGAGAGAGAAGAAUCCCAGAUUUCUGCCAAAGAACAGAUUCUCAGAGAAAAGCUCAGAGAGACAGAGAAAUCCAUUGAGGACUUGCAAAAGAGUUUCAAGAAGCAAGAUGGAGAUGCAGUGAAUUACGUUUACUCCCAGAUCCCUGACCUCCCUGAGCUUUAUUCCCAAACAGCAGAGGUGGCUUCUGGGGACAACAGACUCCCAAAGAAGGCUGCAAUGUAUGCUAUGGAGGUCAGUGUGGAGAAAGACAAACAGACGGGAGAGACCAAAAUCCUCUCCACCUCUGCUGUAAGUCCAGAAUGCAUCCACCAGAGAGGAGUCAAGGUCUACGAUGACGGCACCAAAGUAGUGUAUGAGGUCCGCUCAGGAGUAGGCACAACCACCAUGGAAAAUGGGGUUCACCAGUGGAGCUCCUCUGAUGUAGAUAAACUUAUCCAUCGGGUUGAGCAGUCACAGACCAUCGGGGUCUCUGAGAGGGGGGCUGUAUCUCCCAGGGCCCCAGCCACAGCUGCCAGUGGCAAUCUGGGACAGCAGAAGGAACAGAUUGUUCAUAAGGAAGCCAAGCUAGAGAUGGUGCACAACCCAGAAAAAGGGGGGUUUGGGAAUCCCAAGAACGGUUUUGACGAAGUGACCGACGCACCUGAUGCCACCUCAGAGAAGCCCGUGACCAUGAUCUUUAUGGGGUACCACAACGUGGAGGAUGAAGAGGAAACAAAGAAGCUGCUUGGCUACGAUGGAACCAUCAAGGCCGAGAUUGUGCUUAUUGAUGAAGACGAUGAGAAGUCUCUGAGGGAGAAGACAGUUACCGAUAUUUCCACCAUGGAUGGCAACGCUGCUGACCUGGUCUCUGGGUGGCCACUGUCUGACACUACCGAACCUUCCUCGGAAGGCAAAGAUGAAAGCUUGGCCAAGGAGGCACCACCAGCAGGUCCAGAGGCUGCCUCUCCUUUGCUGGUGAUUGUGGGGAAUGAAUCUUUUAUAUGUGGACCUGCAUUCCCACAGCAGUCUUCUCUGAAAUCUUCCUCCAAAAGCCCAGAGGAUGACAAUAAAUUAAAGGAGAAAGGCUUAAAGAGUGUCAGUUUCCUGGAUUCAGUUAACAUAAUCUCUGGAAGCAAACACAAAAUGGAAUUUGAAGCCCCUUUUUCAGAAUCCCGGUCAGAGAACCAUCAUGGCUGUUUUCCUACCAAUGGUCAAAACGGCUUGAAAACCAGACAUGAGUCACUGGACAGUGAUGUCGCCAAGGAGAUCCAAUAUUUGGAUGAGGUCCUGGAGGCCAACUGCUAUGACUCGGCUGCAGAGAACCCUUUUAACGGAACAUCCUCUCCAGAACCAAAUUCAAUCACAGUCGAUAACUCUGGACCAUCAGUCUACGUUUCAGGUGAAUCUUCAUCUACCAAUGAAGUAAUAGUGGUAGGCAGGAAGCAGACAGAAGCUACUUUUAUAGAGAACCAGGAUACCAACCAAGUGAGACCCAACAGUCACAAUUUAAUUGAGGAGUCUUAUUCCUACAUGCUUCAAAGGGUAUCUGAUGAGCCAACCUUAACAACUAUCAAGAAAGAGGCCAAGUUUGAGCUGCGGGCUUUCCAGGAGGACAAGCCAUCUAAGCUCUUUGAUAGUAGUUUAGAGAAGGCAAACGUUCGAAUAAAAAAGAUUCGUCCUGCAGAGGAGGUAGCAGAACUAGAACGGGAGCGGAGAGAGCUUAUCAGGAGCCAGGCUGUAAAGAAGAAUCCGGGUAUUGCCACAAAAUGGUGGAACCCACCCCAAGAGAAGGCAGUAGAGGAACAGCUAGAGCCUGACCAGCUGGAGUCACAUAAAAAGUAUGAAGAACGCAAGCAGAAAAAACCUCAAGUAGUAAGUGUGCCACCAACGUCACCCAAGCAGACAUCGGCCCCCUUUGUGCCACCAGAGCCCAUGAACAUCAACAAGGAAGCCAUAGUGACAGAACAGAUUGACUUCUCAGCAGCCAGGAGGCAGUUUUUAAUGAUGGAGCCCACUAAGCAGCCUAGCGCUUCAAGGAGAACUGUGGCUCCCAAACUGUAUUCAGCCAAGCCAUUUUCCAAAGCAACCCAGUCGGCCCAAAUGGAGAGGCCAGUGAGCUUAAUAACAGUGACAGGGACUGUUUCUAGCCAAGGCCAGGCUACGCAGGACAAUGAAGUGACCACAAUCAAAGCUGAGAAAAUAUAUUAUGUACCAGAUGAUCAAGAUGAAGAUGAAAAGGAAUCGCCAAAUGUUUCACCAAGUAUAGCAGGUAAUGGAUUGAAAGAGGAGCAAGUUACCAAAACAUGGGAAGACGACAGAGAUUUCAAAUGCGCCAGAGCAGUGAUGACUAUUCUGAAAGAGGAGGAUUAUGAUAUGUCAUAUCCAUAUCCGCGGUCAGAUAAUGUCUCCUACCAUCCAGAAGAGCUUGACUCUGGCUUGGAUGACCUAUCUCUCAGAUCACAGGACACCACAGUGUUAGAAACUUUGUCCAAUGAUUUCAGCAUGGAUAACGUGAGCGAUAGUGGUGCUUCAAAUGAGACAAUGAAUGCCUUCCUGGAGAACUCAAUGGGAGAUUUCUCUUUGCCAUCUACUCCACAAGCCAUGACUCCGGUUGACUGCAAAAUGGAAGAGGGGGCCAAAUCAUCAAGUGAGCAUAGCAUCUCCCCCCUCCAGUCCACCUACCAAGGUGCCCUGCUGACAGAGGAACAGCUGGAGUAUCAUGCAGGGAUUCUGGUACAAAAUGUAAUUCAGCAAGCCAUUGCUCAGCAGAGCGAUGGAAGGGACAUUAAAACUCAGCAAGCCCUGGAACAGCAGCCUUGCAGCCCCACUAAACAUGUGAAAGAAGUUGAGCAGCAACCCACCCCUGAAGAAGAAGCCUCCAAGUUUGAGCCACACCAGGUGUCGUCUCCAGUGCAGGAAAAUAAGGACAUUAAGCCAGAGAUCUCAGUUGAGAGACUAGACCUUGGGAACAGCUUCCAGCACCCCCUGGUGGUACCUUCCAGUCAGCCUACCUCAACAGAUGACAGACAGGCGUUCAGCUACUUCAGUAAGUACUCCGAGGCAGCUGAGUUGAGGAGCACAGCUGAGGCAGUGAGAAUGCAUGAGCCAGAGGUCACCGCUGGGCCUUUCAAGGUACGCUCUAGGAAGCAAAGAACUCUCUCCAUGAUCGAGGAGGAGAUCCGCGCGGCCCAGGAACGAGAAUAUGAGCUGAAGAAACAGCGUCAAAGUCUCAGCACUGCACCAAGCCCCACCAAGAAGAGUGGACAGGGUUUACCCACCAAAACAGUGUUCACUGGGAAGACAGCUCCAGGCAAGAUUGAGAAGAUUCGCCCUGCUCCUCCUGCUUUCCCCUCUGCUGAAGGCCCACUCCCAUCCCCGCUGCCUGACUUAGGAGGUGAGGAUUCUGAGGGCAACCAGAGAUCCAAAAACUACAUGCAGACCCUCAUGGAAGACUUUGAAACACACAAAACUAAACGACGGGAAAAGAUUGACGAAACAAGUGUUUUGGAUGCGACGAGGGUGACACGCAGGAAGAGCUCAAUGGCACUGCGAUGGGAGGCUGGGAUCUAUGCCAACCAGGAUGAGGAGGAAUAACCUUUCCGUCCCACAGACACACAUGCACCCCUCCGCACCCCUUGACAAUCACAGAGCUGCAGAACCAGGACUGGACAACCUUCACCUAAAUAUUUAUUUUAGCUAGGCUUUCCAUUAGAAGAGAACGACUGACUGACCGACAAAGUGGGACUGACUGAUGAACUGGGAUUGCCGACGCACACGACAAAAAAAGGCUUUCUUGCUUCUCAAUAAAAAUCACAAGAACCAUGCAAAGGACGGGAAACUUGUAACUGCUACAGAGGACACAAUUUUGUUUUUCAGGUUUUAUUUUUUUUUUAAAUUGUAUUUCUUCUUGGUUUCUUUUUUUUAGUACUUUUUUAGAAAUGCUGGGAAAGUGCAAAGAAAGACUGCAAAUAGAAGAGCUGUGUCUGUGUGGAUGGGCUCAUUUUGUGAUUCCUGAAACCUACCCGGCCUAUCUCAUUCAUCCCUACACCAGGAUCUGAAGCUCUGUCUAGGGCACAACAGUAACCACAGCAACCAUUUUAGACAGUGUUAUAUUAUAUUAAGGAGACAUUAUAUUUUGCUGGGAAUGUACUAGUGUAAGAUAAAAAAAAAAAGCCAGCCUGAGUGAUACAAAUGCCUGCGAUCAGCUUUUUUAAGCUGUUCACGAAGGCUGUCUCUUUAAACAGUCCUAAAACACAGAUUUGUAAAUGCCAUUCAGAGGGCUAAUUUGGGCUUACAAACAUGGAUUCAGGCAGGGACUCAUUAAUAGUAUCCCUUUGGGUUGGUCUGGAUACAGUCGCGCAUUCAUAUAGUAUGCUAUAUAUAAAAUAUAUACUCAUACCACUUCAUUAAUAUCAGCACAAAAAACAAGAUCUGCCAUAAAAAAUAUCAUAAGUCAUGCAACACAAGUUGACCACAUUAACUGGGUCAGCUAGGCUAUAAACUAUAUGGCCACAGCCAGCCUCCAUCAGUUUAUUGUUGAGCAGGUUCAGUUUCAGUGUGUGUAUCUGUACAUAUAUACAAUUCACCAUCUGUCAGUGGUGCUAGCAGAACAAGGGCAACACAGAUAAGACAAAGGCAAAGUCAACUUCUUCUUUGAGUUGACUUUACAAUUUCAACUCAACUGCUACUUCCUUAAAGAAAAUUGGAAGCUACCACAGUAAUAAUACUAAGUCCAUUAUAUUGCAUUGUAAUCCAUAAUUGUAUGCAGUAAUUUUCAAUAGUAGUAUAAAAUACACUGCCUUAAAAGUAUGCCAUAUCCAAAAUAAAGCAUUUUAUUGUAAAGGUGUACUAUGGAUGAUAUUCAAACUCAUGCCACUAAAUCCACACCAUUUUCAUGUUAGACGCCUGCUGUUAUGAAGGCACCUGUUCCCUCACAAUAAACACAUUGACAUUCUUGAUAAAGUACUUUCAGAGGGUGGUCUGUUGUUGUAGGUUGGCAGAUUUGUACAAAAACAUUUUUCUUUUCUUUUCUUUUUUUUAAAAUAGUUUUCCUGCAAUUAAGCUGGGUUUUUACUCAUAAUUUAUGCUCCUGUCAUUCUAACCAUGCUGCUAUCAUUCUAACUCUGUGGCAAAUGCAGAGUCUAUAAAUAUUAUAUUGAAAAACAACUUAUAUGCAUAAUCCUACACAUAUACACCGGUAUUCGUUAUAUUAUAUAAGUAUACUUUCUGUAUCAAAUAUCAGUAUUUAUUUGCUUGAACAUAUGUUAUAUAGAGCUUGAAGAAAAAUAAUGAUGGUCAUUGGAUGCAAUUAGCAAAGAAACUUCAUCUAUGACAUGAAUGGAGGCCACUGACUUGAGACCUGAUUGCUUUUCCUCAGUACAAGUGAGUCAAUCUCUGGGUUUAGAAUUGCCAGCCACGUAAAUCUGGGUUUUCUCAACAUCUAAAAGCAGCUGUCACAGUUAAUGCAGUAGGCCCUGUUAUAUAUGUUGCAUUGUGUUCAUUACUGGUGUAUAUUAAAUGACAGUAAAACGUAAUGAAACCCUUGCCCUCAUUAAAACAUAUCCAAUAAAGACACCCUCCCUUCAGAAAGCAGCUUUCACUAUUCUACAAUAUAAUACCUUUUCACUUUUUAUCACGUUUUGUAAGGGCCGUUAUUGGUUGCCAUGAUAAUUUGAUGGUGGAAAUGGGUUAGGCCAAAACAGGAAUGUGGAUUUUUAAUUCCAGUUGAUCCUUGGGAAUGAUCCAAAAUCCCAAAGGAAAGAACCUGCACUUCCAUACUCAGUUUCACACUGAACAUAUAUUAAAUUUAGGUAGCCUUUAGAUGUACCUACUUCUUUAUGACUUGGAGCACCCUACAAAGUCACCAAUCAAGUGACCAAUGAAGUGGAUGAGGAAAUUGGAUGAACGCCGGCCCAGGACGUCAAAAUGGACACUUGGCAAAUCCCCAAAAGACACAUUGAACACGAUUAUCAUAAAUCUUUAAAUAUGGCAUCACUUUUCAAGGGAUUCCUUACCAUAUUGCAAUAAAUGCCUUUUGCACCCAACCUUGAAACUUGUGUCGGACAUUGACGCACUUUUAUCCGUUGCAUGAAGAAUAUAUAUAUAUAUAUAUAUA